UUGUCCGGGAUGCAUCCUGUUGACCCUAUAACCCCUUGCAGACGUAGGAAACUGUGGCGACGUGGAAAUAUGGAGGCAUAAAGAGAAACAAGAGACCGCAAAAACAUAGUCUUUAAAUAAUAACAACAAUAAUCAGUAAAUUAGAAAUACUGGAGAAGUGACAGUUCUUACACUGACAGCCCACGUAUCAAUUAAGGAAAUAAUUUUUGGAGGAAGUGAGAGUCGCUUUCGAAAGCAGCUCCUGCAUUCAGGAAAUGAAGGUGUAAAAGCACUUCACCAUUGUGACUAGGAGAUGGGAGCCAAGGCCAGCCACGUGAGCGAACUGUCAGAAAACGAGAACCUAAGGAAGUUGAUAGGCACAGAGUCAAUAUCAGAAAAUGACCCUUUCUGGAAUCAGCUUAUCUCAUUUUCCUUCACAAGCCCCACAAACAGUGCGGACACAAAGCUUCUGGAGGAAACAACUAUCUCGCUUUCUAAGGCUCUAAUUGAGAACAAUCCAAGGACAGGAAACUUCGGAGCCCUUGUGAGAAUUUUCCUUAGCAGAACCAAAGAGCUGAAAAUCUCAACAGAAUGCCAAGAUCAGUUGUUUAUCUGGCAGGCCCACAAUGCCUUGUUCAUGAUCCGCUGUCUGCUGAAAGUGUUCAUCAGUCAGAUGUCAGAAGAGGAGCUGCACUUACAGUUCAGUUACCAGGAGAGGGCACCAGGGACAUGUGCUGCUGGCGAAGAAGAUCUCUUUGAGGAGGUGAUGUGUAACCUGGUCCAUCUCAUUAUUGAAGUACCCUUACUGGACAUCACAUACAGUAUUCUGUUUGAGGCUGUGACAACUCUCCUCAUCCUGCUCUCCUACCAGCUAUUCCACAAGGAGAUUCUGCGAGAGAGUCUAAUUUACAAAUACCUUAUGCAAGGACGAUGUGUGCCCUUCACCAGUAGACUUGUAAAAACAUUGCUGUAUAACUUCAUUAGACAAGAGAAGUGUCCUCCCCCAGUCACCCAUGUCUUUGAGCAACAGGCAGAGGGGAGUGGAUUAUUCUAUGGACUUGCAUCAGGAGUUGCCAGUGGCUUGUGGACAGUCUUUACCUUAGGAGGAGCAGGAAGCAAACCGAAUCCUGAGGAAGAACGGCCCCUGCCGCUGUCCAAUCAGAGCCUGCUUCUGCUGCUUGUAUUAGCCAACCUUACAGAUGGGGUGGACACCCCCAACCCUUACAGACAGGCUAUCAUGUCUUUUAAGAACACACAAGAUAGCUCUGCCCCCCCAUCUUCCCAUCCUCAUACUUUCCAGAUCAACUUUAACAGUCUUUAUACAGCUUUGUGCGAGCAGCAGAAGUCAGACCAAGCCACUUUACUCCUGUACACUUUGCUGCAUCAAAAUACCAAUUUCAGAACCUACAUGCUUGCUCGAACAGACAUGGAAAAUCUUGUGAUGCCAAUCCUUGAGAUUCUCUAUCACGUGGAGGACAGGAAUUCACACCACGUUUACAUGGCACUUAUCAUUUUGUUAAUUCUUACUGAGGACGACGCCUUCAAUAGAUCAAUUCAUGAAGUGAUAUUAAAAAACAUUACCUGGUACACUGAGCGUGCUCUGACUGAAAUUUCCCUCGGGAGUCUGCUAAUACUGGUGGUGAUUCGGACCAUUCAGUUCAACAUGACAAGAACAAGGGACAAAUACCUUCACACAAACUGUCUGGCAGCUUUAGCUAAUAUGUCGUCUCAGUUCCGUUCUCUUCAUCAGUAUGCGGCCCAGAGAAUUAUCAGUUCUACCUGCCGCCACAUGCAGAGAUACUUGUAUGUCUUGGACCAUAUGUAUUUCCCCCACUCCCAUUGCACUACGCUGCAGCAGUGCUUCUCGUACCUGGGUGACACGGGAGAGGAACUCUUGCACUUUACUUGCUCUUACAUGCUCAAGUCCUAUGCUUCCAGCCUGUUUGCUUUGUUGUCUAAAAAACACAACAAAGUCCUGGAGCAAGCCACACAGUCACUGAGGGGCCCCUUUGGUUCUGACGACAACGCUUCGCUUCCCGACUAUGCUCAGGAUCUGAAUGUGAUAGAGGAGGUGAUCCGAAUGAUGCUGGAGAUUAUAAACUCUUGCUUAGCCAAUUCCUUGCAUCACAACCCCAACCUGGUGUAUGCCUUGCUCUAUAAACGAGAGCUUUUUGAGCAAUUUAGAUCCCACCCCUCCUUCCAGGACAUCAUGCAGAAUCUGGACAUGGUGAUUGGCUUCUUCAGCUCCCGACUCGAGCAGGCUGGAUCUGAUCUGUCAGUGGAACGUGUUCAGGAGGUCAUUAAGCAAGGCGCUGCAGCUCUACCCAAAGAUCGACUGAAAAAGUUUCCAGAGCUGAAAUUCAAGUAUGUGGAAGAGGACCAGCCGGAAGAGUUCUUUAUCCCCUAUGUGUGGUCUCUGGUCUACAACUCUACAGUGGGACUGUACUGGAGCCCCCAGGAUAUAGAGCUCUUUACCAUGGACUCAGGCUGAGCGCUCCUCUGUGACUGUGUGUGUGUGUGUGUGUGCGUGUGUGCGUGUGCGUGUGACAUCCUCUCCCAAGAACAGCCGCAUGAUGGCAUGACUGUGUGAAUACUCAUGCUUUUGCGAGAAGUGCUUGAAUAUGGACUUAAUCUAUUUUACAUACUCUAAAAACAUUAUAAUAAUAAUAAUUAAAAAAAAAGAUAUGAUGCUUAGCAUUUAGACUUAAUACUCCAGGCUGGCGCAGUGCAAGGAAUCAACAUGUCGGUCAGUGGUCUAAAUGGAACAACAGUAAAAAAAAGAAGAAAAAAAAAACAAACAAACAAAGGCAAACAGGAAACUGGACCUUCGGCGCUUAAGUCUUUAAUUGCAGACUAAACAAACAGCCAUCCAGAGCACCGGGUGCUGUUGAUUUCCCGCUCAAAUACUGGCCUUCAGUAUACAGGGCCAUGUCGUAAGCACAGUUCAAUGAGGACAGCGGAGUGAGAUGAAACAAACUCAGCAGGCACCAGUCUCUCUGAUGACUGCUGAAUGUUGCUUGUUCUUGAAUUUACUCUCAGGUCAACCUGUAUCAAACUGCUAAAAGACAGCAGGCCCUUUUAACUCACCCUUAUAAUUUAAAGACUGUUUUAUGUGUUUGUUAAGUAUCCGUAACAUUAUAUACUCGGUAUAAAAUCUGAAAUAAAAAAGGAAGUUUUAAGAGAAUAAGAGUACUUGUUACUGUUAUUUGGGGUAGUGUUUUGAAAUAAAAGAAUAACCAAUAAA